AUGCGUUCAGUAAUUUUAUCACUUGUUAUUUUAUCCAUUGUUGCCUGUGUGGCCAUCGCACAAGAUGAGGCCAACCCACAGUUUGUAAAGGGCAAAUACUUUGACCGUGUUUUCAUCAUCAUCUUUGAGAACCACUCAUACAAGGAGGUCAUGGCCGAUCCCUACUUCAACAAGCUUGCCAGCAUGGGUCUGUCUCUGUCCAACAACUUUGCCAACUUCCACCCAAGUGAGCCAAACUACAUCGCCCUCACCUAUGGCUCCAACGACGGCAUCGUCAAUGACGGCAACUUCAACAUUCCAGGCAACUCAAUCGUUGACCUGCUCGAGGAGAAGGGUGUCUCCUGGAAGGCCUACAUGGAGUCCUACCCAGGCAAGUGCUUUGCUGGCACAUCGUCUGGAACCUACGUCCGCAAGCACAACCCAUUCAUCUCGUACGAGAACGUCUACAAGAACGCCUCUCUCUGCGCCAAGAUCGUUGACUCUACUGAACUCUCGGUCGACCAAGAGUCCAACUCUGUUCCACAGUACUCAUGGUACACCCCAGACAUGAACAACGAUGCUCACGACACCAGCAUUGCCUACGCCAGCAAGUGGCUCCAAGGAUUCUUCCCAACCGUCCACAACGACCCCAACCUGAACAACACUGCCUUCAUCCUCACAUGGGAUGAGGAUGAUGGAUCCGAGGGCAACCAGAUCUACACCGUCUUUGUCGGAAUGGGUGUCAAGCCAGGUUCCACCGACAACACCAAGUACGACCAUUACUCCCUUCUCCGCACCAUCGAGGACAACUUUGGACUUGGAACUCUGGGUCGUGACGAUGCCUCUGCCAAGCCAAUCGGUAGUUUGAUUGAGCAAUGA